AUGGAAACCUCUUCUCAAGUACUCGACAUCUUCCUCAACAUUGUCAGCGUAUCUGAACCUACCCUACAAGCAAUAUCAUUCCAAACUGCUUCAAGAUUGUUGAAACUUCUGGAGAAAUUCGAGUGUAGCGUGAAGAUGGUCAAUCCGGUUAGAGAAAGAAUCGAUAAAGCAGGAUCAGACGAUUCAUGGGAUUUGUUAGUCCACGCAUCGAGACGAGAUGAUCUAAAUUAG